CAUGGGUUACAAAACUUAACGUGGAGCGCUUUCAGUUCUACCAAUAGUAAUCGUUAUAAAUUUUAUUAGAUUUUUAAUUGAAAAUACUAACUUUCUUUUAAAUUAGGAACAGAAUGUUGCACAUAAAUAGUUUUCCAAUUAUUCUAUACAAUUACACAACUCAUUGAAAAUUGUUUACUUGAUUCUAUAUGUGUGUAUUUUUAAUCAACUAGAAACUGGACUUAAUAAUCUCUUCAGCAUUUUGGCGAAAUAUCUAAAUGCAAGAAAUUAAUGCACCUGACGCGCAACUUUUUUCCUCAGAAUGAAAGAUUAUAUUAAUAUUCUGUAAACAAUAUCGUUGUACGUUUAUGUUCAAUAAAUCAAACAACGAUGAAUAAGAUGCCACGAUAUCCAUCAGAUUGUAAAGUCUAUGUAGGAGAUUUAGGAAGUAGCGCAACAAAAGAAGAAUUAGAAGAUGCAUUUUCUUAUUAUGGAUCAUUAAGAAAUGUAUGGGUAGCCAGAAAUCCACCUGGAUUUGCUUUUGUUGAAUUUGAAGAUGCCAGAGAUGCAGAAGAUGCGAUAAGAGGACUGGACGGAAGAACUAUAUGUGGAAGACGAGCCCGUGUAGAACCAUCCAAUGGUAGAAGAUUAAGAGACAGAGGAUAUUUCAGAAGAGGUAUCGGAAGAUUAUUUCAUCCUGAAGACAGAUGUUAUGAAUGUGGCGAAAAAGGUCACUAUGCUAGAAAUUGUCAACGUCUUAGAAAUAUUCGUAAAAAGAGGAGAUGCAGCUGAACAGGCAUACACAUGAGAAAUGUGUUGCUACUGAGAUUCUCGUGAGAUUCGCCUUGGGUUCGCUUUGUGACGCUACGUAGUUACAGCGUAGAAUUCUACGAGCAACAGGGGGAAACUUGGCCGAUGGAGUGGCUAGUUCUGCAAACUACAAUUCUAAUUAACAUCACCUUAAACUGAAAGCUUUUGAACAUCAGUGUUAACGGUAUCUCUGGUGUAUUUUUUUUUUUUUGUAGCGUCACUGUUUCUACCGAAUUAUUAUGAUAGAUCUAGUGGUCACUGAGAAACUAACUUUGAACCAUCUCAUCUAGCCACUCUUCGUCCAUACAUCUGAUAUUAAUGUACUUUCAUCUGCAUAACUGCUCAUCUGUUCCUCUUUCCUGGUAUUAUCAUUACAUAUUAUACACUUAUUUGCAAAGAGAGUACAUAAAUAAUAUUAGAAAGGAAUAAGCAUUAUCGAUUCUUUAUAUUGUUAUACAAAUUGUAAAAAGUUUACAAGAUAUUGACAUUUAAGCAAUUGAAGACUGGAAAUCAGUAUAGCUGGAUAAUGAAGACUGACUAAAAGAAAGAAAUUAUUAUAUACAUAAAUUUUCACGUUUACUAUUUUUAUGUGAACAUGAAAUAAAUUGUAUAUUUACAUUU